AUGGCGCCGCCCCAGCAGGGGGAGCAGUGCGGGCGGCCGGCGGGCUGCGUCUUGGUGUGGGUGGUGACGGUGCUGCUGCUCCUGGCCGUGCUCGGCGGCGGCGGGUGCCUCGUGGCCUACGUCGUGCUGCCGCCGGCGGAGUCGCCCGCAUGGAUCCCCGCCGUCGGCCUGUCGCUCGUCGCGCUCCCGUGGGCUUUCUGGCUCGUCACCUGCGUCUACCGGUGCGUCACCACGCGCUCCGGCGACCGCGCCGUGGCGCCGGCCGGCGGCGGCAGCAUUGUAUCGCGCAACUCGCCUGGCUCGUGA